AUGGCUACUAGUACAACCAUCCGGUGUCUUAUAUCUAUCAUCUUCCUUACUCUUGUUAUCAAAGGAUCCUCCUCUGGCUGUACCUUGAACAACAUAACUAUUGGAACAACAAGAAGUGGGAGAGAAAUAAACGACAUGGCUGAGUGGAACGUGGUCGUGACCAACAACUGUAACUGCAUACAAAGCCAAUUAACGUUGACCUGUACAGGUUUCAAAACUCUGGAACCCGUUGACCCUUCAAUUCUUUCUGUCACAAAUGAUGUUUGUCUUCUCAUCAAUGGAAAACCUUUGCCUGCUUUUGCUUCUGUUAAAUUCUCUUAUGUUUGGUAUCCUCCUUUUAUUAUGUGGCCUAAAAGCUCCACCAUAGGAUCUUGUAACUAA